AUGGACUGGGCUCGCGAUAAUGCCUGGCUGAGUGACCAAAAUACAGACCUUGAGAGAAUAUUCACGUAUGCGCCAGGGACAGCGCUUGCCGUGAAAAUCGUAAAAUCGAACGGAUAUCACAUACAAAUAUGGUCCCUUGAGACCGACGAUGAGUGGGAUGAGUGGUUAUGCUAUGAAGCGAAUGAAAACCAUCUCGACCACGGAUUGCAUCUUAUCCUCGCCAGACGAGCGGGCGAAAGCUCUGGCAAAGACCCUACAUCGCAAGCCAUGUCGUACACUGAAUGGCUCGGAUACAACAGCGAAAACACUAAGUCAAUGGUUGGACUUCGUUGCGCUCAAAACUUUGCUGCACUAGGAGGAAAGCAGAACGCAAAGCAAAGUUCCAAACAGGCCGACAUCCGGAAGCUACCUUUCUCUCAGAAUACUUUCAAGAGCAUUUGCCAGAAGUUCCGAGUUCAUAGCUCUAUCACCAAGGCUAUCACAAGGAGUGCCUCUCCCAGUUUCACUUGCGAGAAAGUAAUAAUGAAUCAAGCAGCCUAUGUGUACAACUGUCGCACCUCAAAAGAGUGGCCAUUAGAUAUGGCGCUCUCUGCGACCUCAUAUCCAGAAAAAGGAUCAACUUAUGCCAUCCUUUAUGGUUGCGUACCCAAUAUCGAGAGAUCCUUACUGCGAAGUCUCAACAGUGUUAGAGAUGAAGCUUGUCAUCCGCUGCUUAUGUCCGGUAUUUUUGCAGAGCUUGAGCUUCUACGCCAUACCAGACAAGUCAGUCUGAAUAUCAUAGAUGUAGAGUCUAAGAUUUUCGCGCUGGAUUUUGAAUCUGGUGACACGGAAGGCUUGGGGCGAAAAGAACUUGAGAAGCGAAAUGAGGCGAAACGCAACACUUGGUUGGAUAUGACAUACCUUAGGAACUCACUGAUUACAACUAAUGUUCAGAACGAGAAGAUGUCAAAGCACGCCGCUGAUCUAAGUCAGGAAUUCUAUCACUCGAUUGAACAUCCUAGGCAGUCUCCUGAAUUUGAUGAGCUGGAAACAAAGCUCGGAGCAAGGAGUGGAACAAGUGAUACGCUGGUAGGAGACCAAGACUAUGCGUCUCCCAUCGCUCAAAAAAGCCUGGACCACAGCGGUCUCGCAUUUGUUCAGCGCAUGCGACAAGUAGGAAAAAAGAUUGAGAUCAGGCUGAACACGAUCCGCGAGGAGUAUGAGGUGAAGAUCAGGGACUGCACCAUGCGCGUGGAUGGUAUGGCUAUGGCCACACAAUGGUCACACAGCGAAACAGCCGUAGAGAUGGCCUUAGCUACAAACAGAGAGUCUAGAGUCAUGAAGUCGAUAUCGCUGGUCACCAUGGUCUUCCUCCCAGGAACAUUCUUCGCGACUGUGUUCUCUAUGACGUUCUUUGAUUGGUCUGGAGAUGAUGGUAAGACUCGGGUAUCCAACUACUUGUGGGUGUAUAUCGUCGUGACGAUUGUUUUCACAGCCCUUACAAUCGGAUCGUGGUAUUUCUUUGUCAUUCAUCGUCGGGCAAGCGAAAAGUCUGUAGAAGACGAGAAAUGCUGA